ACAAAAGAAAUUCAGAUGCUAUAUUCAAUAGAUAUUUUGACAUCCUCUUGCUACAAUAACAUCACAUUCUUCCUCACCUUUCCAGGAUUAGCAAAUCCAGCCCCGAUCAUUCAAACAUUUUAUGCCGAGGAUCAGGUUUUUAAUGAUGUUAAACUUGAUGGCGUUGUUACGCUGGUGGAUGCUAAACAUGCUGGUUUGCACCUUGAUGAGAUUAAGCCUGAAGGAGUAGUAAAUGAGGCAGUAGAGCAAAUUGCUUAUGCUGACCGUAUUAUAGUAAACAAGACUGAUCUUGUUGGUGAACCAGAGAUUGUUUCACUGGUUGAGAGAAUAAGGAACAUAAAUCGUAUGGCUCAACUGAAGCGAACGAAAUAUGGAAAUGUUGACUUAGACUAUGUUCUUGGAAUUGGAGGCUUUGAUCUGGAAAGGUUUACUUCUGUCCUAUAUUAUGAUUUUGAUAUUUGAUUUUCAUUUUAGCCA